UUCUGUCCUAGCUAAGCUGUGCGGCGGAGUGGGCGUGGCCGGAGGGAAAGGAGGCGGGGCCGCUUGGCGGGGCUGGGAAGCGCCGUUGAGGUGAAGCGCUGUGGGCGGGAGGACGGCGGAGGGGGUGUGUGUGAUAGGGCGGCUUCCUCCGCUGCGGUUUUCCGUCCCUUUGCCCCUCGCUCCUCCCCGGGUGACGGUAGGCCGACGGACCUCGCGAGUGGAGUAGGCAGGCUGGGCCCCCUGGGGGGGCCACCGUGGCCCUGGGUGAAAAUGCAGGAAGCAGAUCUAGUUGCCAAAAUGCUUCGUGCUGUUCUCCAGUCCCAUAAAGAUGGAGUACCCUUUUCUCGUGUGCAAGGGGAAUAUAAAUCUUUAACUGGAGACUGGAUUCCUUUUAAACUGCUGGGGCACCCUUCUUUGGAAGCGUACCUGAGGAGCAUUCCUAGAGUUGUCAGGAUUGAUACUAGUAGAACUGGGGAGGUGACUUGCUAUGCUGUGGCUUGCCAGGAAACCGCAGGGAUCGCUCAACUCGUAGCCCGCCAGAGGACUUCCAGAAAAAAGACAGGGCGGCAAGUGAAUUGCAGGAUGAGGCUGAAAAGAUGCGCUCCACUGGCCUUAGUGGGCAAGCCAAAAUGCACUCUGAGGAAGCCUGCGUUCAUGAGUCCAGCAGGAGACAGUGAGAGGUCUGUGGUGUCACAGAUGCAAAGCUGGGGAAGCCACGGCGUUGUUAGACCUAGUAUGAGCAGUAUGCCAUACUCUGUGCCUCCAGCUGAACCAAGAGAAGUCUUAAUGCAAGGACACACGACAGUGAUGAACAGACCUGAAAAAAGACUAGUCCUCCCUCCGCGAUUUCAGAAGGACCUUCCGACGCAUCAGUCAAGAAACCUGUGUGACUUGAACACAAAUGCCAACGAAAUGAGGCGAGCGAUACAGCCUGUUCCUACUUGUCCUUCAAGUACUAGCACAACUGAGGUUCAGAAAAGAAUCAAAGAGAUCGUGAACAGAUUCAACAGCGGCAUAUGGCUAUCGAAGAUACCACAUCUGUACAAAGAGGCAUAUAAAGAGGACUUUAAUCCAGCAUUGCUGCCCCAAUUAGAACGCUGGCCUCAUGUUUGUGUAGCAAAGGUGUGCUCUGGAGGCCAGGGGGAUGUCCUUCUCUUCCCAGCAAAGAACAUCUCAAGCCCGGAAGGAAAAUCUCAGCCCUCAAUCAUCAAAGAGCCUGCACAGAACAAGGGUCCUACUGGGUCCCACUGGGACAUCAAGCAAAAAAUUGAAGCCAUUCUGUUAAACUACUCUAGUGGUCUUUGGGCUAACGCGCUCCCCAAAGUGUAUGAAGAGACCUACAAAGCAACAUUUCCCCAAGACAUUCUGAGCCACCUUGACACCCUCUCAGAUGUCUGCGCUGUGGACUACGUAUCUGGCAACCCCAAAAAGGCAAUUCUCUAUGCAAAACCGAAACAGAGCUCUGAGAAUCAGAAUGGGACUGGCAAAAUCCAGGUGCAUGAAGACCUUAAGCGAGUGGCAGAGGAAGAGGCAUCUGCACUCAGACGGGAAGUCCAAGAGAAGGGUCCGGAGGAGAAUAUAACUGUGCCUCCUUUAAUUGUCCCAGCAGAAACGUCGCCAUCAAUUUUGGUAGUGGAACUGGACAACACAAAUGAAGUUGUCAUCAGGUACGUAGGCAAAGACUAUUCUGCCGCCCAGGAAUUAAUGGAAGACGAGAUGAAGGAUUACUACAACCAGCAGAAGCCCUCAGUUCUUCCGAUACAGUUGCAUAAAGUUGGUCAGCUUGUUGCUGUGCCUGCAGAAGAGGAUGCUUGGCUACGGGCAAAGAUAAUUGCAGUCGAAGGCAAUAGAGUAAAAGUGUGCUAUGUUGAUUAUGGUUUCAUCGAAAGCAUUGAAAAUACCAAACUGUUCAAACUAGCGAAGCAGUUCUAUUCACUGCCAUGCCAGGCUUCAAAAUGUAAACUGGCAGGGUUGGAGGCCUUCUGUGAUGACCCCAUCUUGGUGAAAAUGGUAGAGUCUCAAACCUGUGGCAAAAUAUUUGCCGUUGAGAUACUGGAGAAAAGUGAUGUUCCUCUUGUCAUCCUUUAUGACACUUCAGGGGAAGAUGAUGUCAACAUUAAUGCUGCUUGUCUGAAGGCCCUUUGUGACAAAUCUCUGCAGCUUCAUCUCCAGGUGAAUGCGUUCUAUACAAAUGUUAGCGUAACCAAUGUGUGUUCAGACGGGACUUUGUACUGCCAGGUGCCAUCGAAGGGCCUGAGCAAGCUCUCAGAGUGCCUGCAGAAACUGGAAAGCUAUUUCCACCACAAGCAGGUAGCAGAAGGCUCAGUAUCAUUGCCUUACUGUGGGAAGAUCUGCUUGUUUAACUGUAAAGGAAAAUGGGCGCGUGUAGAGAUAACAAGUGUUCACAGCAGUCGGGCUCUUGAUGUGCAGUUUAUGGACACCGGAACAGUAGCAUCCGUAAAAGUAGCAGAGUUGAGAGAAGUUCCCCCGACGUUUCUCCGAGAAGUCAUUUCCAUACCACCUCAGGCGACAAAAUGCUGCUUAGCUGACCUCCCUCUUCAUAUUGGGAUGUGGACUCCAGAUGCCGUACUUUGGCUGAGAGAUACAGUGUUAAACUGUCCCGACUGCAGCAUUAAGGUUGUUAAACUGGACAAGUCCCAUAAAAUUGCACACAUCUAUUUAUUCACACCAAAGAACUUCCCAGACCCAGACCGCAGCAUAAAUAGGCAGAUCACCAAUGCAGACUUGUGGAAGCAUCAGAAAGAUGUCUUUCUGAGCGUCUCUCCUAGCAAUUUCCCCCCUGGGAAAGAAAAAAUAGACUUUCCACACUGGACUGACGUGGAUACCAAGAAGAGCCCCGCUUCUUCCGUUCCACACACAGUGGAGCGUAGUGGUGAGGAAAUGGUGGGUAUGCCACCUCUAUUGUCUUUGCCCAGAACUGGGGAGCAGAUGGAUGUCUUCGUCUCGCUGGCCUGUCACCCAGGUUACUUUGUCCUCCAGCCUUGGCAGGAGAUGCACAGUUUAGAAGUGCUGAUGGAAGAGAUGCUCCUUUUCUACAGCAGAGUAGAUGAGAGGCGGGUCACAGUGGAAAAGAACAAAGUCUAUGCUGCUAAAGUGGAGAACAGAUGGUACAGAGUGCUUAUAAAAGGAAUGCUGGCAAAUGGGCUGGUGUCGGUGUAUGAGCUGGACUAUGGGAAACAUGAGCUUGUGAGCAUCCAAAAAGUUCAACCUCUGCAGGACACAUUCCGAAAACUGCCGUUUCAGGCUGUUGCAGCCCAGCUAGCCGGAGUUGACCGGCAGCAGUGGUCUGAAGAAGCAUCAGUGGUAUUCCGAAAUCAUGUGGAGAAGAAAGCUUUGGUAGCUCAACUGCAAACAGUUGUCAAUGGAGCUAAUCCAUGGGACCGAAAAGUCAUAACAUACUUAGUUGACACUUCCCUACCGGAGACAGAUAUAUGGAUUCAUGACCUCAUGAACCAGUACCAUAUGGAGAUUUCAAAAGCUAAUUAAUAGUUUUUUUGAAAACUUGAGUACCUUGAGCAAUAAGAAUGCGGUAGGCCUAAAAAAAAAAAAAAAAAGAAAAACUGUGAACGUUAACAUUGCUGUGACUAAGAAAUGUUGGUUGAUUUCUCCUGGUUUUUGCACUUUGUUUAAAUGCUAACUACAGAAUGUUAUCUAUAUUAAAUAAAGUAUGCCUGUUAUUCUAUUGGAA